UAAAUUAUUCGUUGUUACCUGCAUUCGAAUAUUUCAGUAAUUUCGUAAACGUAUUAAGGGCCGCUUGCCUGUACUGAUGAAUUGGGAAAAAUGCAUAAUUUGGAGAAACUAAAACGUGUCUGCAUUAUCAUCGCCUUGGCGAACGGUGCCUAUAAUAUUUGCAAAAUCUUGGAACAUGGCCUGCGCUACAAGGGAUCGGGAGUGGUAUUUGGAUUUUCUGCGUUUUUGAAAAUGGAUGUGCCGAAUUUGGCCAUACUCAUACUGCAGCUGAGCGUUGUUAUUAUGGCAUUUUUGUUAGUUGUUGGCAUAAAAAUGAAAUGCCGUUUAUUCGUAGGAUUCUGGCUACUUUAUAGUAUAGCCGCAUAUCUGGCUCAACGUUUAUUGACAUGGCUAUCGCACAGCAGCCAUGAACUGCCCGAGGAAAUUAUUUAUGGAAUGAAGUCAUUGCCCCUUCAAGUCAUGGUUAUCUACCCGAUUUAUGUUUUGUUCAAAGCCAUGAGAUUUGAUGUCGAUGAUGAUAUGGAAAGAAGGUUGCUAUUCAAUCGCAGAUCUAAUCAUUAGU